GCUGAUUUUUCGCAUGCGGGGCCGUAGGGAAACACAUUUUUUCUUGGACGUAGCUCAAAACGUGAAGGUGUUCCGAACCAGCUUGUCCUCCUCAUGAACCCUGAAAACAUGCCCCGCACACGGUCCUCCCACAUUCUCCUUUCCUGGCAGCUAAAGCGACCAAAAAGAAUCGAGCACCUGCUUCACCUCACUCUCCCGCUUAAUAUGAACUGGGUAAAUAGAACGUGGCGACAGAUGUUAGGAGCCGUUGAGCGGAAGUUGAGUGCCAAAUGUGUGGCGUGUGGCCGAACAAAAUAUCAUCACGUGUCUGAGAUGGGCGGGCCGGGCGGCUGGGGACAGCGGACGAAUAGCCGCCGGCAAUGCGACGGGAUCGGGUAGCCGCUAGUGAUGCGAAGGAUUGGAUGUUAAGACAGGCACCGCCGUCCGCCCUCGCGCCAAACAGGGCACAACCUGGCGUGCACUCGGCUGCCGGUUUCGAGUGGAAUCGGAAGAGCAACAGUGAACGGCAGGACUCAGGUCUCCAGACAACCGCGACAUGUCGGAGCUAGUGCUCGGCGCCAGUGGUUCAACUCUGUCGCGGCGCAUUUGGCGCUAGUUGACUGGUCUCCUGGUUAGCGGCGGCAACGGGACGUGCGUGCCCCCGCCAUGUUUUCCCGGGGGUGUGGGGACUGUUCGAAGCGUAACGAUCGACUACCUCGCUCCCGUCCAAUGGUGGCGGGUGCAAUCCGCGAUGCCACAGCCAGCAAGCGCCUUCCUGAUCAAGCCCUACCUAUACGUUGGCAGAGGCGGCGAGUCAGGGAGCGAUGGCUACGGCCUGCGUGCCGAGACUGGCUGACUCCGAUCGGCAGUGCCCCUUAUUCAGAGAGCAGAGCGUCUCGUCGGAGCGGUAGAAUGACAGAAGUAGCGCGGGAGACCACUUUCGAUUUUCUCGUUGUUGAUGGGUUUAUACACUUUGCAUAACCGGGGGAGACAUGAAGGAAUGGAAUGAGUGAGAAUGAGGAAAGCAUCGCAUUCAGGGGGCGGUGUUUCGACUGCUUGGCAGGCCUGGCAACAGUGGAGCAAGGUCGUCGGGUACAAAUUCUGGAAUAAGGAAGCUCGGGGGUUGGGUGGGGCUCUCGAGAUCAGUACGUCGUGCAGUGUACAAGAUGGGAAUUCCGAAUGCUGAAAAGAAGCAAGUUUUGGGGGGAGACACGAGUAGCAGAAUGGAAGACAGAGAUCGGGUGAUAGGUAUAGUUGUCCCCAAACAUAAGCGAUGGCAUCUGUGGGCUUGCCGGUGGGGUUUUCCGAAAAAAUGACGCAAUCCCGCGUGAAG